UCGAGUUGAAUUCGUACAUCGUUACGAAGCAAAAGCGGGAGGAGUUUCGUCAGCAUCUCGUGAGAAUGCUGAUGACCAAGGACGGCGAGGACGAAGCGGUCUUCGAGGACGCUGUCGAUCUCCUGCGGAAGGCGAAAAACGAUAAUGACGUUUUGAAAUAUUAUUAUUACUUAAUGCACGGCAUCGACGAUAUCCACGUCGCGCCGAUGUGCAAAGAAAUGUUGAACAGAAUACUGAGCCUGGUACCCGCAAACUGGAGAAUCAAGUUCAAGCCGAAACUCAAUCAGGUCAUCAGCGACGCCCGGCAAGAUUACGCCUCGAGCAUCAAAAAGUCGAUCGUCGACUUCGUACUCCAGGACCCGUUGAAAGUCGACGAUCCCAGCGAUCCCGAAGCUUCCAUUUCCAAAGAGAACUUUGAAAUCAAACAUUUCCCACCAGAAUAUACAGUCAAGUACAGAAGAAUCAAAGUCCAAUUGAAGAAAAAUCUUAUUUUGUAUCAUCCUUGCAUUCGUAAAACUUUGGAUCUUUGGCAUCGGGAAUUCAGUUCGAUCAGACAAAUCGAUCAAAAAGAGUUGGAACUACACGCUCGGUCCUGCGAUCUCUCUGGCUUCGAGACCAAAGUCAUGGAAAUCAUUGAAAAAACUCGAGCUAUCCUCUGCCAUAAUUGGCUGCCCAAAGUUCUCCAUAUUUUUGAAACGGGCAGAAAAAAGGGAAUUUUGCCAGGUCUCGAGGACGAAUCGCAGAUGCAGCGGUUCUGGAACUGCCUCGCGAUCAUCAUGGAAAGCCAGUUGCGGAGUUUGUGUUUAGUUUCUAUGGAAGAUUACAGAAAUUAUCUCCUCGAUAUGGACUCUCGAAAGCGAAGUUUCGAGUUGAACGUCGUAAUCAGGAGCAAAGCAAUCGCGUUCGAUCCAUCCUUCAAGGUGUUUGCGGAGACGCUCACAUCUCUGCUGAGCACGCUCCACCGUGCAGUUUCCGGAUUCACUAGGAUCGAGACGAAUCUGUACGAGAGAGAAGAAUCGGAGCAAGCGGUGCUGAAGCCGGUGAUAUCGGGAGAGAUGAUCAAGGUGUACAAGUACGACAUCGCGGAGUUCAUUCAAGAGCAAAGAAUCGGUCCGGAGUUGCAGCUCCAGGAGUUCGACGAACUGAUGAGCCUCGUCAACGACGUCGAGAACGAACGCGUCGCGUCGUUCCUGGACGCCGAUCCACCUCACACUUUCGAAAGUUACGCAGAACUCAUCGAGAAAUACGACGCUCUGAAAAAAAAUAUUCCGGUUAAUUACGACCGAACUUUCUUCAGCGGACUCUUCGACGUCCACAGAAAAGACCUCAUGGACGGUAUCGCCUCUGUCGCCGGUUACCUGAGGGACGAACUCGUCGAAAGGAUGAUCCUCGACUACCAGAACAAAUCGAAAAAGAUCGGAGAAGAGUAUCAGAACAUGGCAGACAGGGCUCUCAGCGUUCCGUCCAAUACUGCAGAGCUGAUGGAGCUGACAGCGUUCGUCGAGGAAGCUGAAACAAAAAUGGUGCUCGAUCUGGAAGAUCGGCUCAAGGAGAUCAUCGAAUACAUUCAAUUCUUGUCGGAUUACACGACGCUCUCGCCGGUUGAGCUCAAGACGAAUAAUUUCGCGUUUCAGUGGUACCAUCGAAUGGCGCCGAUUUUCGAGGAGCAUCGUAAAAUCGUGGCGAGAAAGACUGAGGAAUACCGGGAAGCCCUGGUCGUGAGAAUCGAAAAGUUUCAGCGAGAUCUCGUCGUCUGGGAAAAACACGGUGACGAAAUGCAGUAUUGGGGCAAUAUCGAGGAAAUAUAUCGGUACCAGAAGAAGGCUGCGAGCCUGGAAAAACGGUUGGUCAAUGCCAUUGAGACUGUGGAGAAAUUCAACGAGGAAGAAGAGCUGUUCGGAAUGGAAAUGUCGGAAUAUCCGUUGAGAAAAAAGAUCGCAGACAAACUAGCACCGUACAAAAAGUUGUACGACGCAGCCUGCGAGUUCCUGACCCAACACGACACCUGGAUGGGCUCUUUGAUCGGCACCUACGACCCGGAAACCAUCGACAUUGACUCCGGAACGGCCUACCGCACGGUCAUGAAACUUGAGAAAAGUUUUCAGGAUCAGACUGUUAGAAAACUCGCCGAAAAUGUGAGAAUUCAGAUUGAAGAGUUCAGAGAGCACAUGCCGUUGAUAAUGACCCUCGGAAAUCCUGGAAUGAAAGCUCGACACUGGAACCAAGUUUCAGAAAUCGUUGGAUUUCCUAUAAAGGUCGAUGACCAAAUGACCAUGGCCAAGAUAAUAGACUUCGGCUUGGACGAGUACGUCGCGAAAUUCGAAGGGAUUUCCGAAGCUGCGACCAAAGAGAGCAAUCUGGAGAAGGCUCUCCUGAAGAUGCACGCCGAUUGGACCGACAUAGAAUUCACUGUUAAUCCUUAUCGAGAUACGGGGACUUACGUCAUCGCGAGCGUUGACGAAAUUCAAUUGCAGCUCGACGAUCAUCUCACGAAAGCUCAAACUAUGAAGAAUUCCCUGUACAUCAAACCUUUCGAAAAGGAAACUCUAGAAUGGGAAGGCAAGUUACACUUGCUCCAGGAGAUAAUGGACCAUUGGCUCAAAGUCCAAGCGACCUGGAUGUACUUGGAACCGAUAUUUUCGUCACCGGAUAUUCAGCAGCAGAUGCCGGAAGAAGGAAGGCGUUUCAGUGCUGUCGACAAAAUUUGGCGAGACAUAAUGAACUCCGUGAUUCAAGAUCCUCGAGUGAUGUCAGUAGUGGAAAUCGACAAGAUGUUGGAUCGUUUGAAAAAAUGCACGGGUCUCCUGGACCUCAUACAAAAAGGCCUGCACGACUAUCUCGAGAAGAAGAGACUGUUUUUCCCUCGAUUUUUCUUCCUUUCGAACGACGAGUUGCUGGAAAUAUUAUCGGAGACGAAAGACCCGACGAGAGUUCAGCCACAUUUGAAAAAAUGUUUCGAGGGCAUCGCGAAGCUCGAGUUCACCGAAGGCAUGGACAUCACGACGAUGAUGUCGUCCGAGGGUGAGAGCAUCGUCCUCGAAGAUAUAAUCGAUACGACGGCGGCGAGAGGUCAGGUAGAAAAAUGGCUGAUCGAAUUGGAAGCUGACAUGAAAAAAAGCGUUCGUGCUCAGGUCAUUAGAGCAAAAGAUGCGUAUUUGUUGAAAGCGAGAAGUCAGUGGGUUUUGGACUGGCCUGGUCAGACCAUCUUGUGCAUAAGCCAACUCUACUGGACCGCUGAUAUUACGAACGCGUUCAGCAGUGCUCCAGAUGGUCUCAAGGAGUACAUCGACUUAUGCAACGAGGAACUCAAUCAGAUUAUAAAAUUGGUACGAGGAACUCUGUCGACACAAAAUCGGACGACUUUAGAAGCGUUGGUGACCCUCGACGUCCAUGGUAGAGAUGUUUUGAUGGGUCUUUGGGAGGAAAACGUGACUCGAGACACAGACUUCAAGUGGCUUUGUCAGUUGCGUUACUACUGGAUGGAUGAUAAUCUGGUCACCAUGAUGAUAAACUCCUCUCUCCGUUACGGAUAUGAAUAUCUGGGCAACACUUCGCGUCUCGUCAUAACGCCGCUGACUGAUCGUUGCUACAGAACUCUUUUUGGUGCGUUAGCCCUUCAUUUGGGCGGAGCACCGGAAGGACCAGCAGGAACGGGCAAAACGGAAACCACCAAAGAUCUUGCCAAAGCUGUCGCCAAACAAUGCGUCGUAUUCAAUUGCUCCGACGGCUUGGAUUAUAUCGCCUUGGGAAAAUUCUUCAAGGGUCUGGCUUCUUCGGGUGCUUGGUCUUGUUUCGACGAGUUCAAUCGCAUAGAUCUCGAAGUAUUGUCGGUCGUUGCACAGCAAAUACUCACAAUUCAACGUGCCAUAAAUUCCGGAAAACAGACUCUCGUUUUCGAAGGUACAGAGCUCGUUUUGGAUCCAACUUGCGCGGUAUUCAUCACCAUGAAUCCCGGGUAUGCAGGACGUUCGGAGUUACCGGACAACCUCAAAGCUCUCUUUCGGCCUGUCGCCAUGAUGGUACCAGACUACGGACUUAUUGCAGAAAACACUUUAUAUUCUUAUGGAUUUUACACGGCUCGACCACUCUCCGUUAAAAUAGUGAUGGCGUAUCGACUGUGUUCGGAACAGCUGUCGAGUCAGAGUCAUUACGAUUAUGGUAUGAGAGCCGUCAAAUCUGUUCUGAUAGCAGCAGGAAACUUGAAGCUCAAGUAUCCAACGGAGAACGAGGAUAUUUUGAUUUUGAGGAGCAUCAAAGACGUCAAUUUGCCCAAAUUCUUGAGCCACGAUCUGCCAUUGUUUCAUGGUAUAGCUUCGGAUCUUUUUCCAAACGUCGUUCUUCCAGAGCCCGAUUAUACAGAUCUCAACAAAUCGGUUCACCAAGCAUGUUCGGAGGCGAACAUGCAAUGCGUGCCAUCAUUCCUCGAGAAAAUUCAACAAAUCUAUGAAAUGAUGAUCGUCAGACACGGUUUCAUGAUAGUCGGUUUUCCAUUCGGUGGAAAAACGUCAGCGUAUCGAAUGCUGGCAGCAGCUCUCGAGUUGUGCGAGGAAAAUAAUUUGAUGAACGAGCACAAGGUCGAAAUAACAGUGAUCAAUCCGAAAUCCAUCACAAUCGGCCAAUUGUACGGUCAGUUCGAUCCGGCCUCGCACGAAUGGAGCGAUGGUGUCCUCGCUGUAAGUUAUCGAGCUUUUGCCACCUCCACCAACGAAAGCCGCAAGUGGCUCGUAUUCGAUGGCCCGAUCGACGCAGUGUGGAUCGAAAAUAUGAACACCGUUCUCGACGACAACAAAAAACUUUGUCUCAUGAGCGGAGAAAUCAUUCAACUCGCCAAAACGACCAAUUUGAUCUUCGAGCCUAUGGACCUCGAAGCCGCGUCGCCUGCCACCGUCUCUCGGUGCGGAAUGAUUUACAUGGAACCAAACGCACUGGGGUGGGAUCCGCUGUUAAAAUCGUGGCUGGAAAAGACUCCAGCGAUACUCGGCGAUUUCAUCAAAUCUUUUCUCUACGAGUCCCUUUUCCUGAGAUUUUGCAAGCCUCUUUUCCAUCUCCUGCGACGUGGAGGGGUGAGGGAAAUGUGUCCAAUGCCGGACUCGAAUCACUUGACGUCGGUGACGUACCUCAUGGAUUGUUUCAUCAACGAAUACCGCGAAUUGAAAGCCGGCACAAGCGUCAACGAAAUUGAUCUCCGAGCCCAAAUCGAGGGCUCAUUCUUCUUCUCCUGCAUUUGGGGCAUGGGCGGAACCCUCGAAGCACCAGACAGAGAAAAGUUCAGCAUCCUGUUCCGGGGGCUCCUCGAGAAAGAAUUUCCAGCACGGUUGAUCGAGUUGUACGAGCUUCCGGAGCCGGUGAACCCGCCGGCGAAACCGUACAUCUUCGUCAUGCCCAAGGACGGUCUCGUGUUCGACUACAAAUUCAUCAAAGAAGGAAAAGGAAAGUGGAAAUUGUGGUCCGACGAGUUGAUAAAUGCUCCGCCAAUCCCCCGCGACAUACCGGUCAACCAGAUAAUCGUUCCGACAGUCGAGACCAUCAGAUACAGCACGCUCUUCCAGCUGUUGGUUCAGAACCAAAAGCCAGUUUUAUUCGUGGGCCCCACGGGAACCGGGAAGUCGGUUUACAUAAUAGAUUUUCUGCUGAAGAAGAACAACACCGCGAUCUACAAGCCGCUGUUCAUCAACUUCUCGGCUCAAACGACUGCCCACCAAACGCAGGAAAUAAUAAUGAGCAAGCUGGACAAAAGGAGGAAAGGAGUGUUCGGGCCACCGAUUGGAAAGCGCUGGGUCGUCUUCGUCGACGACGUAUCGAUGCCCCUGAAAGAAACUUACGGCGCCCAACCGCCUGUUGAACUCCUCAGACAACUUCUCGAUCACUGGCAGUGGUACGACCACAAGGAAGUCGUUCCCAUCAAACUCAUCGAGAUCCAGCUGAUGUGCGCUAUGGGGCCGCCUCUCAGCGGUGGGAAAGACGUUACGCAGCGAUUUAAGCGACACUUUUUCACUCUGACGAUCGCAGAGUUCGAGGACAAAGUUAUGAUUACGAUUUUCAGCAAAAUCGUCCUCUGGCAUCUCGACACCAGAGGAUUCAGCAAAGAAUUUGACCCCUGCAUCGACCAGGUUGUGCUCGCGACCCUCGACGUUUACAAAUCGAGUCUCCGGAAUCUUCUGCCCACGCCCGAAAAGUCCCACUAUCUUUUCAACCUCCGCGAUUUUUCUCGCGUUAUUCAGGGGGUCUUGCUCUCCGUACCGGAAUCGAUGCCGACUCUUGCCAGCAUGAAGAGGCUUUGGGUCCACGAAAUUCUUCGAGUUUUCAGCGAUCGCCUGGCCGACGAGGCUGACGUCAACUGGCUGGUACUGCAACUGCAUAAAACUGUUAAAGAACACAUGGAAACUGACUUCGAUGCUCUGUUCGAGGACCUCUCAAUCAAUGAGAUUCUAAUUCCACAGAUUGGCGAUACCCAGUUAAGAAAACUGGUUUAUUGCGACUUCGCCGAUCCCAAAGCCGACGUUCGUCUGUAUCAAGAGAUCGCGGACCUCGAAGCACUGCGGAUAAUCGUAGAAGGCUACCUCGUGGAGUACAAUUCGAUGACGAAGAAGCCGAUGAAUCUCGUCUUGUUCAGAUUCGCUCUGGAGCACUUGUCGAAAAUAUCGAGAAUAAUAAAGCAGCCGAGAAGCCACGCGCUUCUCGUCGGUGUCGGUGGCUCAGGAAGACAAUCAUUGACGAGAUUAGCGUCCCACAUUUGCGAAUACGAUCUUUUCCAGGUUGAAAUAACGAAACACUACGAAAUGCACGAAUGGCGGGAGGACGUUAAAUCCAUUCUGAAAAGAACAACCGCUACGGAUUUACACUCGACUUUUCUAUUCGCUGAUACUCAGCUGAAGGAAGAAAGUUUCCUCGAAGACAUCAGCAAUAUUUUAAACUCUGGAGAGGUGCCGAAUAUAUUCAACGCGGAGGAAAAAGCCGAAAUAUGUGAAAAAAUGAGGCAAAUCGACAGGCAACGUGAGCGUACGAUGCAGACGGACGGGAGCCCGGUCGCGCUGUUCAAUCUUUUUGUGCAAAUAGCCAGGGAUCAGUUGCACAUCGUAUUGGCGAUGUCGCCGAUAGGCCAGAGCUUCCGGAACCGCGUACGAAAAUUUCCGGCGCUGGUUAACUGCUGCACCAUUGAUUGGUUGCAAUUAUGGCCGGAGGACGCUUUGCUCGCGGUGGCAACGAAGUUUCUCGGUGAAAUUGAGCUUUCGGAUCACGAGCGUAAAGCUGGCAUAGAAAUGUGCCAAUUUUUUCACAUUUCCACUCAGGAUUUGAGCGUUGAGUUUCUCACGAGGCUUGGCAGAUACAAUUACGUCACACCAACGUCCUACCUCGAAAUGAUCAACACUUUCAAAGAUUUGCUUCAGCGAAAACGGAGUGAAAUUCUACUGGCCAAGGCAAGAUACGAAGGCGGUUUGGAUCGAUUGGACAGCACGCAGCAGCAAGUAACCGAGAUGCAAGAAACUCUGAGACAAUUACAGCCCAUGCUGGUCACGGCAGCUCAAGACGUGCAGCGUAUCAUGACAACCGUAGAAAAGGAGAGCAUCGAAGUCGGCGAAGUCGAGAAAGUCGUCAAAGUCGACGAGGAAGCUGCAAUGGAAGUCGCAGCAGCUGCUGCUGAAAUAAAAGCCGAAUGUGAUGCAAAUCUUGCUGAAGCAAUGCCCAUUCUGAAUCGUGCUCAAGCUGCCCUCGAUACUUUGACGCAAGCGGACAUAUCGGUCGUAAAAUCCAUGAAAAAUCCACCAGCUAAUGUCAAACUAGUCAUGGAGGCUGUUUGUAUCCUGAAAGACGUGAAACCAGAAAAAAUUCAAACGCCUGACGGCAAGACGGUGGAAGACUAUUGGAAAGCUUCCAUGAAAGUGCUCAGCGACGUAAAGUUUAUGGACUCGUUGCUCUACUUCGACAAAGACAACAUACCCGAGCGUAUAAUGGAAAAAAUUCGUAAAGAUUAUCUGACGAAUCCAAACUUCGAUCCGGACAAGAUAAAAACCUCGUCAACCGCCUGCCAAGGCCUCUGCAAGUGGAUUUACGCCAUUUCGGAAUACGACAAAGUCGCCAAAGUCAUUGCACCCAAGAAAAAGGCACUCGCCGAAGCCCAAGCGACUUACAACGAGGCGAUGAUAAAGCUCGAAGCGAAACGAGCACAAUUGGCAGAAGUCCAGGCCAGAUUGGCUGCUCUGGAAGCAGAUUUAGCUGCCAAGAAAGCCGAGUAUCAAGCGAUGAUUGACAAAGUCACGGAAUGCGAACAGAAGUUGAAACGAGCCGAAGAAUUGAUCGGUGGUCUUGGGGGCGAAUAUACACGAUGGUCAGAAAAUGCCAAAGAGUUGGGAUUGAGGUACGAUCGGUUGACCGGAGACGUGAUAUUGGCUUCAGGAAUAGUCGCGUAUCUCGGUGUAUUCACAACGCCAUUUCGUGUGAAACAAAUUGAAAGUUGGGUCUCAUUGUGCACGAGUUUAGAAGUUGUUUGUACGCAAGACUUCCAGCUCCGUGACGUCCUAGGGGACGCUGUGCUGAUCAGAUCUUGGAUCAUUUCGGGUCUGCCGAGCGAUUCGUUCUCAAUCGACAACGGGAUAAUUGUGCAAUACGCAAGGAGGUGGCCUCUCAUGAUCGACCCUCAAACCCAGGCGAAUCGCUGGGUCAAAAACAUGGAAAAGCUCAACAACCUCGGGAUAAUUCGGCUCUCGCAGCAAGACUAUUCCAGGAUUUUAGAGAACGCUAUUCAGUUUGGACAACCGGUGCUCCUGGAAAAUAUUGGCGAAGAAAUAGACGCUGUACUCGAGCCAAUUCUGUUGAGACAAACCUUCAAACAGGGAGGGUCUUUGUGCCUGAAACUCGGGGACACGGUGGUCGAAUACAACCCGGACUUCAGAUUCUACAUCACGACGAAGCUGAGAAAUCCUCAUUACAUGCCAGAAAUCGCGGUGAAAGUGACAUUGCUGAAUUUUAUGAUAACGCCCAGUGGCCUGGAGGACCAGCUGCUUGGUAUAGUCGUUGCGAAAGAGCGUCCGGAUCUGGAAUCAGAAAAAAAUUCCCUCAUUAUCCAGGGGGCAGCGAAUAAAAAGCUCUUGAAGGAAACCGAAGGGAAGAUUUUGGAAGUGCUCUCAGUCGCAGAAGGGAAUAUACUCGAGGACGAAGAGGCUAUAAGCGUUCUCACGUCGUCGAAAGUACUCAGCAAUGACAUCCAAGUGAAACAAGCUGCAGCUGAAGUGACAGAAAAAUCAAUCGACACAGCACGACUCCAGUAUACCUCGAUCGCUGUUCACUCGACAGUCUUGUUUUUCACGAUAGCCGUCCUAGCCAACAUAGAUCCGAUGUACCAGUACUCUUUGGCCUGGUUCGUCAAUCUGUUCAAACUAGCGAUAGACAAAACGGUGCAGAUGGAAAAUUUCGAUGUCCGUCUCGACGAAAUGACGAAAAAUUUCACGUACUCGCUCUACGUCAACAUAUGCAGAUCGAUUUUUGAGAAGGACAAGCUCCUGUUUUCGAUGUUGCUCGCGAUCAAUUUGCUCGACCAAAAAGGAGCGCUGGUUUCAUCUCACUGGAUGUUUCUGUUGACUGGAGGCGUGGGACUGGACAAUCCGUUUCCAAAUCCGACUGCAUGGCUUCCGGUUAAGCUCUGGGACGAGCUUUGUCGUUUGAACGCGAUAGCAGGAUUCGAAAAUAUUCGGGAAUCCUUUACGAAAAACCUAAAAGAUUGGAAAGCAUUUUUCGAUGCGAAAGAACCGCAGUCAAUGUCUCUACCAGAACCGUUCGACAAGCUUACGAAAUUCCAGAGAUUGAUGGUCCUCCGAUGCAUUCGGCCCGACAAGGUCAUUCCAGCUGUUCAAAGCUUUGUCGAAUCUGAACUCGGGUCGCAGUACGUGGACCCUCCACCCUUCGAUCUCAACGCUUCCUACGCUGAUUCGAACAACUGUAUUCCGUUGAUAUUCAUCCUGACCCCGGGGGCAGACCCGACCCAAGUUCUUCUCAACUUCGCUGAUGAACAAGGCUUCGGUGCCAAUCGGUUGUUCUCGCUGUCUCUUGGCCAAGGGCAAGGCCCAAUAGCGGUGAAGCUGAUAAACGAGGGUGUGAAAUACGGAAAUUGGGUGGUUUUACAAAACUGCCAUUUAGCCAAAAGCUGGAUGGGAACGUUGGAGAAGAUAUGCGAAGGUCUUAUGCCGGAUACGAAUCAUCCUGAUUUCCGUCUCUGGCUCACGAGCUAUCCGGCGGACCAUUUUCCAGUGAGCGUUCUCCAGAACGGCAUAAAGAUGACGAACGAGCCGCCGAAAGGACUGCGGGCCAAUAUCCUCAGGUCGUAUCUGAGCGAUCCGAUAAGUGAUUCCGAGUUCUUCGAGUCUUGCAAGCAGACCAACACCUUCAAGAAGCUUCUUUAUUGUUUGUGCUUCUUCCAUGCGAUCGUUCAGGAAAGAAGGAAAUUUGGUCCCAUCGGUUGGAACACGCCGUACGAGUUCAACGAGACGGAUCUCCGCAUCAGCGUCCUACAAUUGCAAAUUUUGUUGGAUCAAUACGACGACGUACAGUUUGAAGCUCUGAAAUAUCUGACUGGCGAAUGCAACUACGGGGGCAGAGUCACCGACGCUUGGGAUCGCAGGACCCUCAAUACGAUCCUUGCCAAGUACUACUGCGAGGAAGCUCUGAGCGAGGAAACUUACUACUUUGACGAAACUUCUGAACUCUACUAUUGUCUGGUUGCAAAGGAACAUGACGUCUAUUUGGAGUACACAAAGAAUCUACCAUUGAUCACUGCACCAAGUGUUUUUGGGAUGAACGAAAAUGCUGACAUCAUCAAGGACCAGCAGGAAACGGAAUUGUUGUUUAAAUCGCUUUUACUCACCCAGGACCGAUGGGAUCUAUGGGAAUCGAAGGAAGCUGGAAAAUCUGGAGCUGGCAGUGUUUCAUCAGACGAUAUAAUAUUCAACGUAGCUGCGGAUAUUCUCAGCAAGUUAUUCAACGACUACGAUUUGCACGAGGCUCUGCAAAAGUAUCCAACUUUGUAUGAUCAAAGUAUGAAUACUGUGCUAGUCCAGGAGAUGGGACGAUUCAAUAAACUGUUGCAGUGCAUAAGGACCAGUCUCAAAAAUGUGCAGAAAGCAAUAAAAGGACUCAUCGUGAUGUCUGUCGAACUGGAAGAAGUUGCCAGUGCGAUUCUCACAGGGAAAAUCUCCUCGUUGUGGAUGAAAAAUUCUUAUCCAUCCCUCAAACCUCUAGGAAGCUACAUCAACGAUUUUGUCGAACGAUUGAAAUUUUUUCAGAAAUGGUUCGACAAGGGACCUCCGACGACUUUUUGGCUCUCAGGCUUUUACUUCACCCAAGCAUUUCUGACCGGGGCUUCCCAGAACUUUGCUCGCAAAUAUAAAAUUCCUAUCGAUCUGCUGGUGUACGAUUUCAUUGUACUUAAGGAAACUUCCUUCACGAGUCCACCAACCGAUGGCGUUUACAUCUAUGGCCUCUAUUUGGAUGGCGCACGAUUUAAUAAGGAGUCAAUGACAUUGGACGAGAGUCUUCCCAAAGUGCUUUACGACCAGAUGCCUCAUAUGUGGCUGUUGCCGACGUUGAAAGAAAAAAUACCAGAGCGUAAAACAUACACGUGUCCUCUAUACAAAACGAGUGAGCGACGUGGCGUUCUUUCGACUACUGGUCAUUCGACCAAUUUUGUGAUUGCGAUGCAGUUGCCUACGACGAAGCCUCAAGAGCAUUGGAUUGUGAGGGGAACGGCGAUGCUUUGCCAAUUGACGCAAUAAAAAAAUUGGAAUUCUUUUGUAUAAAUAUAAUGUGCAUAAUAAUAAGAGAUAAUUAAAAAUUUGUGAAAUGAAACAAUUUCGUAGAUUGAAAUAAGUAUAUUAAAAUCGCGAUAUUGGUGAAUCACAUAUACUUGCAGAACUUGACCUUGAAAUGUGAGAAAAAAAAAUUCACCCCUUCAACCGGCUUACACGCGCCCCGGCGAAUGGCGUCUCAGCCGUCCUCACACCCCCACAACACUGAGCCAAGCAUGAGCGCGUGAAAUGUAAACACAGAGUCAAGGCUCCGCGAACGAAAACAAAAGUCGCACAAGUAAACAAAAAUCUGCUCGAAAGUGUUCCAUCACACACCUUUUUACACUGAAUAAUAAAUUUUAUAGGAGUGUAAUAUUUUUUCUAUUUCUCAUAUAAAAUAGACGCGUACAUGUAGAACAUGUUUUUAUGAACUUUCAUUUUCAUCAUUGGCUACGAUAAAUUGCAUCACUUUAUAUAACAAUAGCUUCAAAAUAUUCGAUUGAAAAUUUCUACACAUACUAAAUAUUUAAUUGGAGGUAUGGCGCCGAGCGAUAGUUAGCAAUUUUUUAAUUUUUGUGAGGGGCCGAUCUUACCAACAUAUGGUAUGAAACUGGUGGGAGGAGAACAAUAUAUAUACAAAACUGCGAUGCGUGUGUGCAAUAAAUUCAGAAUGAAAAAGAUAUUUCAUGUUAAAAAUUUUAUCCAAUCAUUAUUUUCCAUAUAAAUCUUGUUAUGAGACGUUUU